CCUGAUCGACGGGGGAUGAGCGUGAAGAGGAAAGACGCCCCCGACGAGGGGGGUGCCACGAUCGCCGCCGCACCCGAGACGUCUGCGGUGAAUUGGCGCAAGUACUUAACUGAAACGAAUCUCCUCAUCUCAGCUGACGCCACCGCGUCGAGGAUGGUGGGCUCGGGUUCGUUCGUCCACGCCUUGCUUGCCCCAGACGUUCCGAUGAAAGGCCCCCAGCCCUUCAAAACCAUGCCGGACGUCUCGGACUCGGUCGGUCGCCUCCGCGUCCUCCCAGACACCCUUUACCAAAAACCAUGCAAAUGCCACAAGAAGAAAUGCCCCACGUGUCUGAGCUGCAUGGAACGCCACUGCACCUGCAAAAAGAGUGGCAGGACAAAGCGGGCGAAAACUGCGACGUUCGACGACGAACCGACCAAAGAAGAAGAGCCUACAGGUGCAUCAGUCGCAGUGAAGGACGAAGCAGUCACCGGUAAGCCCCGAAAGCGCACCUCCACGAAGCGCCUCGCGCCAUCUUCGAUCCGCGGUUGCACGUGUCAUCGCAAGAAGUGCGAAACCUGUCGCAACUGCCUCACUCGUCAUUGCAAGUGUGACGGAAGAAAUGCCGAAGCAUCGGACGGCGGUGAAGACGUCGACGAGCACGAAGACGAGCAGCCAGACACGACUCGGGCUGGAGACGACACGGAACAAGUGCGACUGCCGCCUCCGAGCGUCGCCAAAAAACGCAAAGCGUGUGCGUGCCACCGCAAGAAGUGCGAGAUUUGUCAAAACUGUAUCGCCCGCCACUGCGACUGCCCGCCCGCCGAAUCGGACGGGUGUUCGUGCGAAGGGGAGCCCAAGUGCGCCGACUGCGACCAUUGCGUCAAGACGCAUUGCCUCUGUGCCAUGGAACAGCUCAACACCAAGCUCAUGAACCAAGUGCUGUUUAUCAACGCGCUUGCGGACGGCAAGAUCAAGCUCGGGCGGCGGGAUCGCAAGGACGUUGUCAAGGAUUUGCGACAGCGCGGGUUUGACCAUUUCGAGAACGAGUACGUUGCGUUGCCGUCGACAACAAGCUUAACGCUGGCACCGUAGGCGAGAAUUUGAUUACCUCUUGACCCUUCCACUGUCUGCCCUAUUAAAGCCAGACAUGGACACGCUCCAAGAGCAAGCGGACACUAGCCAAGAAGAUUUCGUCGCCGCCAGCGCCAUUCGCGCUCAAGAGCGAGCGAACGAGACCAAGCCAGACGGCACGGCUGUUAACGAAGGAGCAAUGCCAGAACCCGCCGUGCUCUAAAGUAGUCUCGACAACCCGCUAUGGCUGUGCCUACAUCAUGCGAAGUGUGCACGAGAAUGGAUUAAAUAUAUAUGUAUUUGCAUGUUUUCUCACUAUAUAGUUUUUUAUCUGGGAUGUUUUUUUUCAUGACACCUCCAGUUUUGUCGUC